AUGGUCAAAUCAAAGGAGUUUCUCAAGAAGCCAAAAUUGCCCAAGCAACAGAAAAAAUCAAAGAUAUUGGUCACAGCAUACGACUUUCAAGAAGCUGCCGACGCCGAAGAAGAGACUGGCGGUAAAUGGAGAGCUGGUGAUCCGGCCAAAUCAAGUCGUGCCUUUGUCAGAGCUAUCGAGAUCUACAACAAUGGCUUGCAAAAACAUCCCAAGGAUGCCGACCUGACAUACAACAAAGCUCGUCUUGAGUUUGAACUAUCACAACAGCCUACUUUAGUAGCUAAACUCGCGGUUCCGUUACUUGACUUUUUGCAGCAGGCUCUCAACUCUCAUCGCUAUGCACUACAGCUUAACGGUGAGUCGGCUGAUGUACUGUUCAACACAGCUCAGGUCAUGAUCAGUAUUGCCGAGUAUGUGACAGAAGCUGGCAUCUUCAGCGCACAGGCCGAUUCAGUGUCUCUUCUUCGCGAAGCACUUGAACUGCUAUCAGCAUGUUUUACUCGUCAGGAACAGCUCGUGGAAGAACAAAAUGCAAAUUCCAUGGAGGCCGAAGGCGGCGUUGCAAUCGACCAAGAAGUUCCUGCAGCCCAACCCGAAGCUUCUGCAGCAGGAGAUACAGCUCCCGAAGACGAGGAAGAAAGCGAAUACGUCUCUGUGCAAGCCUACAUCACCCCCUCCGAUUUGUUGGACACAGCACGCUCCAGUCUCACGGCUCUAACCCUCCUCAUCACCCUCGACGACCCCUCAAAUGUCUCUCCCCUCGCAAAGAUGGGCACCACCCUAGUCGAGGACAAAAUCCCUCAAUACCUCUCUCAAGUCGAAGCCGAAGAGCGCGCUCAAGAAGAACCAGACGUCCUCCUCGAGCGUGCUCAGUUCCACGCGGCCCUCACAGUAGCCGAUCUCAAACUCGGCACUGCAUCUGCAAACGACUCCUUGAGUCGUCUCCAACAAGCUUUCGAACCUCUGGAUACAACCGCAAAUGUAGCAGUCAUGUGCACCUACGCAGACAGCCUCGUCGAACUAACAACCACGGCUCAAAACUUCAGUCCUUCAAGCGCAGCAACGACUUGCUGGUCUACAUUGUCAAAGGCGCAAGACCUCUAUGCAGCUGCAGUCAAGAUUAACGAUACCGAGGCGAAGGAACGUAAAGCUCGCGUCUAUGAAUCUCGCGGUGAUGUCGAGUUGUUGCGUUUCAAUCUCGCCACCACACCUGCUGCUGGUCUUUCUGCGGCCAUUCAGAAAAGUGCGCCUACGUUGAUUAAGAAUGCACAGACGUAUUAUCGCGGUGCUAUGAAUCUGUUCCGUGCAGAGGGAGAUGCAGAGGCAGCUGGCAAGGUCGAAGUCAGAGGGCUGAUUGCCACUAUGCUGGAAGGGAAGUUGAACGGCAAUGUUGGUCAGCAGAUCGUCGCUGUCUUGGGUCAAAAGGGAGAGGCUGGAAGAGCUGUAGCUAUGGAUAUGUUGAGGGAAAGUUUGUUGCCUGAGGAUUGGGAUCAGGGUCUCAUGUAG